CCGUCUUGUGUACCGUUCGUUAACUUUUUACAUGGAUAAUACAGUACAUCACUGAAGUCAUGUUUUGGCUCGGUGACAACAGUACACUAUCAUAAUCAGAUCGUCUGCUCAUAGCAAUGCAUACUACAUGACGUAACAGUUGAGAUAGUACUCAAGAUAACAGCAAACCUUCAACAUGCCAACCCUUGAUUCGGAGAGUCAUGACAACUCUGUCAGGAUGAAAGUUGGAUACAACGGUGAUAUCUUGGUCACAAAUGUAAAGCUGGACCUGAGCUAUAAAGACUUCUGCUCCGAGAUCAUGGACAUCUGCAAGUUUGAUUAUGACCAACAAUUUACAGUGAAAUGGCUUGAUGAGGAAGGUGACCCCUGCACAAUAUCCUCCCAGAUCGAGCUAAACGAAGCUAUUCGUCUCUAUGAGGUGAACAAAGAUUCUGAACUCAGCAUACAUGUGUUUCCAAAUGUGCCUUUGAGACCAGGAAUGCUGUGUGCUGGAGAAGAUCGAAAUAUAUACCGGCGUGGUGCACGCAGAUGGCGAAAGUUGUAUGUUUAUAAUGGACACUCGUAUCAGGCCAAAAGAUUCUCAAGGAAAGCACAGUGUGCAGUCUGUCAGGAUCGUAUAUGGGGUUUGGGCCGCCAAGGCUUCAAGUGCACACGGUGUAAAGUCACAGUGCAUAAGCGGUGCCACAAAGUCUUUCCGUAUCACUGUGGAACGCCGACCAUGCCAGUUCUUCCACCAGAACAAAGCAAGCUACCUGGUAUAGGGGGGGCAGAAGCUAAUGGCUCUUCUCAGCCAAGUAAAGUUGCAAAAAGUAACACACUGACAUACGAACUAGGCAAAGAGAUGGCUUUCAGUCUUCCUCAGAGUGCAGAGCAAUUUUUAGCCAAGAGGACUUGUAAAGUUGAGGCAUCGAAGAGUUCAGAAAAUUGUCUGGGACUUCAGGAUUUUCUUCUUCUACGUGUGAUUGGCCGUGGCAGUUAUGCAAAGGUGCUGCAGGUGGAACAUAAGAGGACAAAACGCAUUUAUGCCAUGAAGGUCAUCAAAAAAGAUUUGGUCAAUGAUGAUGAGGAUAUAGACUGGGUCCAAACAGAAAAACAUGUCUUUGAGACAGCUACAAACUAUCCUUUUCUUGUUGGUCUGCAUUCCUGUUUCCAGAGUGAGUCAAGGUUGUUUUUUAUUAUUGAGUUUGUCAACGGAGGAGACCUAAUGUUCCACAUGCAACGACAGCGAAGACUUCCAGAGGAGCAUGCUCGAUUUUAUGCAGCAGAAAUCUGUCUUGCUCUGAACUUUCUUCAUGAAAGGGGUAUUGUUUACCGAGAUUUGAAGCUGGACAAUGUUUUGCUGGAUGCUGAGGGUCAUAUCAAACUUACAGACUAUGGCAUGUGCAAGGAGGGUCUUUUUUCGGGUGAAAAGACCAACACCUUCUGUGGAACACCUAAUUACAUUGCACCUGAGGUGUUGCGGGGAGAGGACUAUGAUUUUAGCGUUGACUGGUGGGCGCUGGGUGUUCUAAUGUUUGAGAUGCUUGCUGGGAGGUCACCAUUUGAUGUAGUUGGUCAAGCUGACAACCCUGAUGUGAAUACUGAAGACUAUCUCUUCCAGAUUAUCUUGGAAAAGACUAUCAGAAUGCCACGUUCUGUAUCUGUGAAAGCUGCAUCCAUCCUAAAGGGAUUCCUAAAUAAGAACCCUGCUGAACGCCUAGGCUGCCAUUCAGAAGCAGGAUUUUCUGAUAUCCAGUCUCAUCCAUUUUUCCGCACCAUUGACUGGGACCAGUUAGAGCAAAAGCAGAUAGCUCCACCCUACAAGCCCCUUAUCAGAUCUGAGCGUGACCUUGAGCAUUUUGAUCCAGCUUUUACAGACGAACCUGUGCAACUGACUCCAGAUGAUCCGAAAAUUAUUGCUGGAAUAGAUCAGUCGGAGUUUGAUGGAUUUGAAUACGUCAAUCCUCUUCUUAUGUCGCUGGAAGACUGUGUUUAAAGGGAGAAAAUUGUCCAAGAUAAACCCACCAGAAGUCAUCAUUCUACUGCCUAGAUGUGUGAUCCAUCUCGCUGUUCUAGCACUGACUGCUUUAUUCACCUCUGUUACUGCUUCUCAGUUUUGCCAAGAAAUUGUUCUCCACAGCCAGUGAAAAGUUCCUCAAUAUGCACACAUUCCUUGUACAUGAUUUUAAGGUAUUUCCAGGUAUUUGUAUUUGCUCAUACAGCUGCAUAAGUAUGAAUGCUUUCUGACAAAUAUACAUACUUGAAUUCACAUUUACACAAAAUGUACCAAUGUAUAAAUAAUUGGAACCAAAGUUUGUGUAUACACACAUGUGCAUGCACUCACACACGCAGAGCAGUACUCAUUAGUCUUUUUAGUGGAUGCUCUUAGAAUUUAAGUAGAUUCAGUAUGAUGAGGGAUCAUCAGUGAUUGAGAUUUCAAGUUUUUUUUAUACUUUUAGUGCUCAAAAAAAAGAAAAAAGCCUAAAAUGACAAAGUAUUUCACAGCAUGCAAUAAGUCUUUAUGUUUAUCUGAGACUUUAUUCAGAAAUCUCUUCCAGAUGUAAGAGAUGAAAAUCGUGUGAUAUUUUAAUGUUUUUAUAGUGAUUACUUAAUGCUGAGGAAAAUAUUUAGUUCAUUAUUUUCAUUUGAAGCCAAUGAACAAAGAAUACAGCUAGCAAAAGAAAAGGAAACACGCUGGGGUGCUUUGAGGUUAGAACCCUAUCUUGUCACCCACUUUUUCAGUUUGGAAAUUUUGAUUCAGUUCAGGAGUGGUGAAAAUUAUCUCUUGAGGUUAUUGCUGCUGUUUGUAUUAAGAUGCAUAAGAGAGGAAUUCUUAGCCAGCAAUCAAACUCUUAACAUGCGAAAGUUGUGGUGCAGCAUCUGAGCUAUACUCAGGUGUUAAAAAAAAAGGUUGUGGCAUCUGCUUUUAUUAUGAGAUGUGAAGACUAGGUGAUUGUAACUUUUCAUAUACACCUUCAGGAUAUCCGUACUUUGAAAGCUGUAUGCAUUUCUGAGUUAUGCUAACAUGUUUACAGCUAUUUGUCAGUAGAGCAUCAAUAAUGGUUUUAUCCAUGGUUGUGUCUCACCCACACAUUUCCAGGUGCCAGAUUUCAACCAUUUUUCAUUUGUAACUUUAUAUGAUCCUUUACUUCUAGUGCAGUCCUAAUUGUGCGUGAACUUCGGCUUAGCACAAAAAACUCAUCAUUAACUCAGCUUUUUACUGUAAUAUUUUAGAUGACAUGGGUGUGUAGAUUUUCUUUAUAAAUAUGUUUGCAUUUUGUUUGUGUUAUUUUGUCAAACUUUAUCACUUUUGGAUGGGAUGACAGAGGCUUUGUACAUCAUUCAUUUGUUAGUGUUUCUACAAAUACUAACAAAGUGGUUACAGAGUGCUUGAAAUCUUCAUUUCUUUUUUAUUACGUAAUCUUGAUUGUUGAUUAUCAGUGUCAUUUUGUGCAUAUGUGUGUGUGUGUGAGAGAGAGAAAGUGAAAGUGCAACAACCCACAGUCUUUCUUAAGCAUGUUGGAUGUGCUCUCCUAGUUAAGUUAAUCAGAAAGGAUUAAUCCUUAAAAGUUUCCUUACAAUUGUGCAUACUCAGGAUUAAUCCUUAAAAGUUUCUUUACAUUUGUGCAUACUUGUGUCCUGGUAACGAACAAAAAGUAAGGAAAGUAUUUCAUUUUUAGUUAAACAUGAGGUUUAAGUGCUGUCCUAAAAACGGACAGACAGGUAGUUACCACUACAUGCAGAUGUAGGUUUGAGAGUGCUGCCAUUACUAGCAAUGAAGACAGAAAAUAAUGGAAAAGGUGGAAAAUUAUGAUUUUGUUCUAUUAUUGCAGACAAUUAGAAUAAAGUGCUGUGUAAAUAAAUAGCAAAUGAAAUUGGUAUCAUUUCAGCAAAAGGAGCAAUUUUUUAAUUCAUGUUGUGAGAACAUUGGGUUAUUGAAGAAAAAGGAACACUCUUACAAUCUUUGCUGAGAGAUAUAUGUUAUGACUUCAGACUUGUUACAUGGAGUCUUGCUGUUAACUGAACAAUACUGUUGUAUAUGCAUAUCAGUGAUUAUAGUAUUGUGGAGUUUAUGAAAGUCUAAUGUGUAUCAUAUCAUGUUUGCUAUUUUAAAUAAUUUACAAGUACCAGCUUUACAUGGUGGGUCUCUGAAAUGUUUUGACAUUCUUGCAGUUGUCAGUUUCCCACAUUACAUUUAUAUUAAUUGCACCUUUCUUACAUGGUCUUUAAUGGUUCUUCUUUCCUGCUGCUUGUCAUUCUCAUUGUUGACAGUUUCUCAUUUUAAAUUCUUUUAAAAAGAAAACCUUUUUGCCUCUUUCUUUUUUUCCUGAAAUAUAUAUGCUCAGCAUCUUAACAUCAAAGCGAGUUUGAUUGGGAUACUUGUGUGUGUCUGUGUUUGAUAGAAAGGGACAGGAAGGUUGUGUGGAUGCAUGUGUGUUGUUAUGCUUACCGUCUUCCUUUUACUACAUUUCAAUAUUUUAAAACAGAAUAUAAUCAAAGUUUCCUUUGUGAUUCUUGCAUGCCCAAAAUAUUGUUGACAGUUGUACUUGAUCUUUUGCCAGUCAUUAGACAAUUUAUGUUUUGAUGCACGCUCUUAAAACCAUUAUGUGCAUCUAUGAUGAAAUAACUUUGUUACUAGAUGUGGCUUAUACUGACACAUAUGAAGUAUUUUCGAUAAUUAUAUGGAAUUAAAUGGAUGUUAUAAUCUCUUUUGCUAAACAAAACACAUAAUAAUUGCCUGUAUUUUUAGUUCUCAUAAUUUUUUGCUUUAUAUUUUUUUUUAUUUUGGGUUUAGAGAGGAAAAUGUAUUCUGUGGGGUUUUUUUUCUUACAUCUUUUUCCGAAUCAUAUAAUAUUUAUCGAAAUGAGAGGUGACCCUUCUGACAGCCCCAGAAAGUUCAUAAAAGGAUUAGACUGGUCUAUUAUGUUUAAGAUUUUUAAGGCUGGGAACAUUUCUGUUAGACAUAGCUAUUGUGUCUUGUUUUGCUUAACAUGCUGGCUUUGGCUGUUGAUGCAAUAAUGGUCAACGCUGCACAGUUAUACACAUUGAAGUCACAUAGUAGUCACAAUGACUAGGUUUUUUUUUAAUUCAUUGUUUGGGAAUUUCAUUGUUUUCAUAUUUGCUAUUUGUUUUCUUCAUGCUUUUUUAAAAAAUAUUUUAAGAUAUAAAAAGUUUGUUAGUAGAGAGAAACUGGAUGACAUGUUAAUGAUUAUUUUGUUUUGCUUUGUUAAUCCUCUGACUUCAUAUUAUAGACUUGGUAUCUAUAAGGAUAUGGUCCUUCUUUACUCUUUACUAGCUUUCUAUCUGCAUGUUCUAAAAUUUGUAAUUUUUGUGCACUCCUGCAUUUUGUAUUCAGAUCAAUUGCUUCUCUUUGACUUUCUGCCAUUGAUGUUCCUCUUUCUAACACAUUUCUUUGCCAAGGUAAAGCUGAAUUAAAGUUUUAGCUAUGCUGCCAACUUCUACCUCCACAUAAGCCACUUGCUUUCUAGUUCCUGCUAUAUUUUUUUAAACAAGAAAAAGCAUAAACUAUGAUAUGCAGAUGUUAUUGCUGCAUUUGUUCAAACAUUGUUGUCUUUCACCGAAAAGGCUACAUUAGUACCAGCAUUAUCCUAAAAAUAUUUGUCCUUCCUAUGGCUUUUCAGUAUUUGUUUUUUUCAUUGCAAAUUUGCAGAUAUAGCUUAUCAUAAUUUAUAGUUGCAUUAGGCAGAAUAGAAAUCCAUUUUCAAAUAUUAUUUGCUUGAUUGAAUGAGUCACGAACUUAACUGACUGGAUAUCAACUAAGAAAUGUUUGUACUGUACUUUAAUGAAAUAUACAACAAACUAUGUUAAGACUUAUUGGAUCAGGUUUCUGUAUGUAAUGCCAAAAGAGCCUUUUAUUACAACAUGUAAAAAAUGUUAAAUAAGUUGUGUGCAAAGGAUACUAUGGGUUUAUCAUUUUUUUUUCCUUUUGCGAUGCUUGUCUUCCAUGCUUUUUUUUUUGGACAGUUAAAACUUAGAAAAUGUCUGACUUAGCUGCACAAAGAAAAGAGUCAUUGAUCAUAUUACUGAUGUUUUUGAAAAUGACCUGCAGCUUUGUGAAAUAAGAUUUGGCAACUGUGAUUGAGAAGUGUUCCAGUUAUCUUAAGAAAUAACCACAUACUCGUUAUGUCAUAGUGGUUCAAGAGUUGAAGUAGAAGAAAGUUCUAUAGACAUUAGAAAGUGAUAGAAGGGUGCGAGCUUGUGGACUGUAUCCUUACUUUCUGGUUUUGUUGCCUGUACUUCAGCAUGAAUGCUGCUCACUUGCACAAUCCUGAAUCUAAAUAUUAAGAACAAAUGCUGACUCAAAAAGAUAAGCGCUGUUCAGCAUCAAACCAUUAAAGCUUAAGGUAUUAUACUCUGGUGUCAGGACUAGCGUUGCAGUAUCCAGUUAAACAUUGCUGACUAGAUAUCCUUUUAGUCUUCAGUGUGCAUUACAGAUUGGACACUGCUGAAUUUGUGGUAUUUACUUCUGCAUUAAGUUUACAUGGAAGUAAUGUAUUAAUUCAUAGUAAUAAAAAUCUUUGUGCAACAUGCCUUGACUAUGUUAAGCCUGGCCACAAUUUUUGUAAAUGCACAUCCCCAGAUAAGCAUGUUUGUGGUGAAAUGGUUUUCAGUGUGUUGAUCAAACACACUGUUUUUCCUGUUAGCAAUGAAGAUUUGCUGUUAACAACGCUUGCUGUUCUUUUCCAAGUCAUUGUGAUAUCUGCUAACUUUAAGUACCACUGCUGCGACCAUUCACUCCAAUCAGCUUUGUAAAUACACAUUGGUAGCAAUAUGAUAUUAAACAAAUUUCACAAAUUUCAAA